CAAAAGAUAAAAUUCACGACUAUCAGAAGCAAGAUUCCAUUACGCCGAUAAAUAUAUUACACAAUGGCAAUGAGUCCUUAGAUAAAAAACUUGUCGAAGAAUUAUGCAAAUUGCACGAAAAAGAAAUAUCUAAAGGAAGUUAUGAUUCCGAAUUUAUUAAUUCAAUUGAAGAAUAUUUGGCAAAAAACCAAAUAAA